GUUAUGGGUCUGUUCACAAAAGAAAGAAAAAAGUUGAAAAUAUUGUUUUCCGUGAAACAAAGAAAUUAAGAGAGGGAAAAUGCAGGCUGUGAAGGAAAAAUUGAAUGAGAUGAGCACAAUGCGCAAGGCCAAGGCAGAUGCUAGGGCUGAGGAGAAGGCAGAGAAGGAGUUGGCCAAAGCUAGAGUAGAGGUAGCUAAAGAGGUUAGAAAGGCAAAAGAAGCUGAAGCAGCCAUGGACCUGCAUGUGGCCAAAGCUGAAGACAGGGCUCAUCAGGAGUUGGUUAAGCAUGCCCAGGAACAGUCAUGACUGAUGACCCACUUACUGCUUCCACUACCCAUCACCAACAUCCUGACUAUCCUGACCACCCAAGGAACUGCUGCACAUUCCAUUAGCUUGUAGAUUAAUGUUGAUUGAGUGUUAAUCUGAUUUUCUUUCCUGAACAGUUUGUGUUCUUGCUAUUUUAUUUGGGUCUUUGUUGUUCUUGCAGUGUUCCAUGUAUACUUUAUGUUCUUUUGUGUACUUCAUAUUUGUAAUAAUAUAGUCAUAAACCUGGGUUUCAACAGGUUCAUUUCAUUUCUUAAU